AUGAGUUUAGGAUUAGCAACACAUUCGAUUAAACAUGAGAGUGCCUCAAUUGGACCCCAUGUUGUUUGUUGUUGUUGUAAAUUUGAUCUUGGCCAAGCAAAUCUAAACAAAUGGCAGUUGAUGGGUCUACAUGUAAUGCAUCCUGAGACAUUAGUGGAAGGUGUACCAAUCAUUGGCACAGUAGGAGUAGCAGCAGUUAUAAUACUUGGUUAUUGUUAUUGUUGUGGAAUAAAACUCUACAAAGCCAAGAAAAGAACGCGAUUACUCAGAAAUAGACAAGCAGCUAGAAUUAACAUUAAUUAUCAAAAUGGUAGUAUUGAUGAAACUGAUAAAGGUCAAACUGUAAUUAUUGAAACUAUUCAAGCUGACGAUGAAACUGGCAAAAACCAAGUUCACGACAACAUAGUUAGUGAUGAAAAAGCUGACAAUGAAACUAAUAAAAACCAAGUUUACGACGAUAUAAUUUGUAAUGAAAACGCUGACAAUGAAACUGACAAAAACCAAACUGUGAUUAUUAAAACUAUUCAAGCUGUCAAUGAAAACGAUAACAAGUCAACUGACGAUGAAACUGGCAAAAACCAAGUUCACGACAACAUAGUUAGUGAUGAAAAAGCUGACAAUGAAACUAAUAAAAACCAAGUUUACGACGAUAUAAUUUGUAAUGAAAACGCUGACAAUGAAACUGACAAAAACCAAACUGUGAUUAUUAAAACUAUUCAAGCUGUCAAUGAAAACGAUAACAAGUCAAGUUCGCGACGAUAUAGUUUGUGA